UCAUCAUCAUCAUGGGCCAUGGUAAAGGCCACUGCUGCAUGAAAACAAUUUUCUCAACGUCACCGACAUCGCUCACGACGACCCGCGCCGCUGUGCGCCCAACUCGGUCGCAAUUCGCCUCCUUCUCAGCCGACUGACUGCUGUUUGGACUUUCUUGACUCGAAUAACGCCCUCUCAAUAACCAUCGCGAGCCAUAGCGAUGAUGAUGAUGAUGGUGCUGGUGUCGAUGAUGGGCGUGUAAUAGAGGCGUCAUACACACGUCGAGUCGGCGAGUGGAUGCCACUAAUUCCAUACACCCACCCCCAACCCCCAUGCUGUACUCGCCCUGCCUCUCUUCUCGUAAAUACGGCCCGGCCCAACCGCGGUUUCGGCAUACAGAGUACCCUGCCCAGUGCAUGUGCGGACCGUGUUGUGAAGGCGACCCUACCUCCCCACCCCUGCAAGUCCGAGAUGACUACCCACGGGUUCCUCUGCUCCCUGGUGUUCGCCACCUCCGUGCUGCUGUCAGUAGCCACACCGGUGUGGAUGGGAUACUACGAGUGUGGAGGUGCCGGCUCCCACUCCCUGCAUCCGAGCGAAUGCGCCUCUUCGCCAGUCCACGCGAACGCCACGCAGUACUGGAGCGUGCUGGCCAAGAGCGAAAACACGUUGGCGGCCUCUGUGAAUGGGCCCGUGGGGAAUGAGUGCUUCCCUCCGGAGUGCGUCAACGUGGCGAGCUGCUUCAUCACCCUCUCUGGCUGCUACACCGUAGAGCUCAAGGCAGAAGAUAAAGCAUGGCAAUUUGUUCCAGUAACCGUGGACAUCCUUCCCAACAAUCUGGCUCUUGUUGGCAGUACCGUCGACCUGGUGUGCCUGCCCAGCUUGAACUCCACUGACCAUUUGCAGGACCAUGAGCCAGCACACUGGGAAAGAAACGGGACCUUCAUUCAAGACCAACAUCAUGAAGGGCAUGUCAAACUUCUCGUGUCCCCGGCUGACAGUGGAGAGUACAUUUGUGUUCUACCUGGGUUCAGGAGCCAGCCAGUGACCUUAAAAGUCCGCACCGCUAAAAAAAUCCUUCGUGAAGAGACCCUGAAGGCAGUGACUGGAGUCCUCAUCUUCUUCUCCGUGCUCAUAGUGGGGGGCUCCAUAAUAUUGUGCCUGAGAUGUCGCAAGCCCAAGCCGCCAGCGCCGCUCAGCAACUUGGCCGACUUGGAAACACUCGCAAAAGAAAACGAGCAGUAGCUGUCGCCAGAGUUUUUUUAGUAGGGGCAUAAUUUUAGCCGGAUUUGUCCGGCCGGAUUGGAAACCCUUCAAAUACUUCUGACAGCCGACACAUACCGUAGUUCUCGCUAUGGCUGGGCAACUAGUCCCUUACCACCUCCCGGUCUUGCUGAGACCUGGAAAAUAUUUGGCGAGAAAUCGAAGCCUCGGAAGUGAGGUGUGGAAUGAUGAACAACCGUUGGCACACCAAUGAGCCCAAUGCUGACAACACCAUAGACGCGUUUCUCAAUGAGGUUGUGGCUGACCAAGGUUCAGACUGAGAACAACUAAACACGUGGGCGAGUGCUGUGUAUAUUCAUGCAGGUAGUUUUUUUUGUCUUUCCUCCGACGAGCACGGUUGGCUACGUACGCUGCAUGCCGAGUAGUUGCGUCAUAUAUUUGGCUGAGGUCAGUUUGGCAACUGUCCAAAAAGCGAAGUUUUCAUACCUGUCAACCCCUUAUCAGUGCCCUACCUUAUUACAUACCAAUUCAGACCAUAUUGGUCACCCCGUGCCCUUAUAAAUGCGAACGUUCAUCCUACAAAGUCUCAUCACAAGGGAGAAA